GGAGCUUCACCUCCCGUCCGUCACUCUCUCUCACAACAGCGUGAGAGCCACAGGACUCAUGCUGUCCUCCAGCACACCCACACACACUAACACUGAGAGCGAGAGACACUGAGAGAGGGUGAGAGAGAGAGAGGGGUACAGAAACAAGAGAGGACGGGGAGAGAGGGAGCGACGUAGCAAAGGAGAUAAAAAAAUCCAAAUCCUGAAGAGAGAAAACAGAAGGAUUUUCUCUUUUCUCCCGAGGAGCUGCGAAUAACCCUCGGUGAAGGAUGGCAGAAGGGGGAGAGGGAGAGGAGGAGAUUCAGUUCCUGCGAACGGAUGACCAGGUUGUUCUGCAGUGCACUGCCUCAGUCCUGAAGGAGCAGCAGAUUAAGCUAUGUCUGUCCUGCGAGGGCUUUGGGAACCGUCUCUGCUUCCUAGAAACCACAUCCAAUGCUCAGAAUGUACCCCCGGACCUGGCCAUAUGUACCUUCAUUCUGGAGCAGUCCCUGUCAGUUCGUGCUCUGCAGGAGAUGCUGGCCAACACGGUGGAGAUGACCGAGUCGUCCCAAGGUGGAGGCCAUCGUACCUUACUGUACGGUCAUGCCAUCCUCCUGAGACACCACCAUUCAAGCAUGUACCUGAGCUGUUUGACUACAUCUCGCUCACUCACAGACAAGUUGGCCUUCGACGUGGGCUUACAGGAGGAUUCCACCGGCGAGGCAUGUUGGUGGACCAUUCACCCAGCCUCUAAGCAAAGGUCAGAAGGUGAAAAGGUCAGGGUGGGUGACGACCUCAUCCUCGUCAGUGUGUCCUCUGAGAGAUACCUGCACCUGUCCUACGCCAGUGGAGAUCUGAUGGUGGAUGCUUCCUUCAUGCAGACUCUGUGGAACAUGAACCCAAUCAGUUCAGGAUGUGAACUAGCUGAGGGGUUUCUGACAGGUGGUCAUGUCCUAAGGCUUUUCCACGGGCAUAUGGACGAGUGUCUGGCCAUCGCUACACCAGAGGAAGGAGAAGAAAAGCGCAGGAUGGCUCACUAUGAAGGCGGUGCUGUGUGCAGUCAGGCUCGAUCUUUGUGGAGGCUGGAGCCUCUCAGAAUCAGCUGGAGCGGCAGCCACAUGAAGUGGGGGCAGUCCUUCCGUAUCCGCCAUAUCACCACAGGCCGGUACCUGUGUCUGGAUGAAGAAAAGGGCCUGUUGGUGGUCGACCCAGAGAAGGCCAACACCAAAUUAUCUGCUUUCUGCUUCCGUGUUUCAAAGGAGAAGGUGGAGGUGGCUCAGAAGCGCGAUGUUGAGGGGAUGGGCAUUCCGGAGAUUAAGUAUGGAGAGUCCAUGUGCUUCGUCCAGCAUGUGUCCACAGGCCUGUGGCUCACAUAUGCGGCCCUGGAUGCUAAAGCUGCUCGUUUGGGAAUGAUGAAGAGAAAGGUCAUUCUGCAUCAGGAGGGUCACAUGGACGAUGCCCUAACUGUGUCCCGCUCCCAGACUGAAGAGUCUCAGGCUGCUCGAAUGAUUUACAGCACCACCGGCCUCUUCAGGCAGUUCAUCAAGGGAUUGGAUUCUCUGAGUGGGAAGAACAAGUCACCAGGGUCUGUGUCGCUCCCUCUGGAGGGGGUCAUCCUCUCGCUUCAGGAUCUCAUCUUCUACUUUCGUCCACCUGAGGAGGAACUGGAGCACGAGGAGAAACAGACCAAGCUCCGCUCCCUCCGCAACCGGCAGAACCUCUUCCAAGAGGAGGGAAUGAUCACCAUCGUACUGGAGUGCAUCGACCGCCUGAAUGUGUACAACACUGCUGCUCACUUUUCUGAAUUUGCCGGGGAGGAAGCUGCAGAGUCCUGGAAGGAGAUUGUCAACCUCCUUUAUGAGCUACUGGCCUCUCUAAUCAGGGGGAACCGCUCUAAUUGUGCGUUGUUCUGUGACAACCUGGACUGGCUGGUCAGCAAGCUGGACCGUCUGGAGGCCUCCUCCGGUAUUCUUGAGGUGCUGUACUGUGUGCUAAUUGAAAGCCCUGAGGUUCUGAACAUCAUCCAGGAGAACCACAUUAAAUCUAUCAUCUCUCUCCUGGACAAGCAUGGAAGGAACCAUAAGGUCCUGGAUGUCUUGCGCUCUCUUUGUGUGUGUAAUGGUGUAGCUGUGAGGUCCAACCAGAACCUCAUCACUGAAAAUCUGCUUCCGGGACGUGAGCUCUUGCUGCAGACCAACAUUGUAAACUAUGCCACCAGCGUAAGGCCCAACAUCUUCCUGGGUACGUGUGAGGGAUCCACGCAGUAUAAGAAGUGGUACUUUGAGAUGAUGGUAGACUAUGUGGAACCCUUUGUGACAGCACAGGCUUCACAUCUACGUGUGGGCUGGGCCAUGACCGAGGGCUACAGCCCCUACCCUGGAGGAGGUGAAGGCUGGGGAGGAAACGGCGUGGGAGAUGACCUGUACUCUUACGGCUUUGAUGGACUGCACCUGUGGUCAGGUACUGUAGCCCGUCAGGUGGCUUCGCCCAGUGCACACACCCUCGCUGCUGAUGAUGUGGUCAGCUGCUGUCUGGAUCUGAGCGUGCCCAGUAUCUCCUUCCGUAUCAAUGGCCACCCAGUUCAGGGCAUGUUUGAAAACUUCAAUGUCGAUGGCCUCUUCUUUCCUGUCAUCAGCUUCUCUGCUGGAGUGAAGGCUCGGUUUCUUCUUGGUGGUCGUCAUGGAGACUUCAAGUUCAUGCCCCCGCCUGGCUAUGCCCCGUGCUAUGAGGCUCUGCUGCCCAGAGAGAGGAUGCGUAUUGAACCCAUCAAGGAGUACAAGCAUGACUUUAAUGGCGUGCGCAACCUGCUGGGUCCCACCCUGUCCCUCACCCACACCUCGUUCACCCCCUGCCCCGUGGACACCAUUCAGAUUGUGUUGCCACCCCAUUUGGAGCGUAUCCGAGAGAAGCUGGCAGAGAAUAUUCACGAGCUCUGGGCUGUCACUCGUAUUGAGCAGGGCUGGACCUAUGGGACUUUCAGGGAUGACAACAAGAAACUCCAUCCUUGUCUGGUGGACUUCCAGAGUCUUCCUGAGCCAGAGAGGAAUUACAACCUGCAGAUGUCUGGCGAGACUCUCAAGACUCUCCUGGCGCUGGGUUGUCACGUUGGUAUGGGUGACGAGAAAGCAGAAGAGAAUCUCAAGAAGAUCAAGCUGCCCAAGACCUAUGUGAUGACUAAUGGAUACAAGCCUGCCCCCCUUGACCUCAGCCAUGUCAAACUGACACCAAACCAGAACCAGCUUGUAGAAAAGCUGGCAGAAAAUGGGCAUAAUGUUUGGGCAAGGGACCGGGUACGACAAGGAUGGACCUACAGUAUUGUGCAGGACAUCGUAAAUAAGCGCAACCCUCGUCUGGUACCUUACAACCUGCUGGAUGAGAGAACUAAGAAAACCAACCGAGACAGUGUUAACAAUGCUGUCCGCACCCUCAUUGGCUAUGGUUACAACAUUGAACCUCCAGAUCAGGAGAGCACUGGCCAUGGCCUUGAGAACAUCCGUGGGGACAAGGUACGAAUUUUCAGGGCUGAGAAGUCGUACGCUGUCACCCAGGGGAAGUGGUACUUUGAGUUUGAGGCAGUGACCACGGGGGAGAUGAGAGUGGGCUGGGCACGUCCUAAUGUUCGCUCUGACACUGAACUGGGAGCAGAUGAACUGGCCUACGUCUUUAAUGGCAAUAAGGCUCAAAGAUGGCACAUCGGCAAUGAACCAUUUGGUCGCCAGUGGCAGUCUGGUGAUGUAGUUGGUUGUAUGAUUGACCUUACGGAGAUGAACAUUAUGUUCACACUCAAUGGGGAAAUGUUGAUCAGUGACUCGGGCUCGGAGAUGGCUUUCAAGGACAUUGAGAUUGGAGAAGGCUUUAUCCCAGUGUGUGCCCUGGGCUUGUCUCAGGUCGGAAGGAUUAAUCUCGGUCAGAAUGUCAGCAGCCUGCGCUACUUUGCCAUCUGUGGCCUGCAGGAAGGAUUUGAACCUUUCGCCAUCAAUAUGAAGCGGGACAUUACCAUGUGGUUCAGCAAAAGUUUGCCCCAGUUUGUACCUGUGCCCACUGAUCACAAUCAUAUUGAGGUCUCCCGUGUGGAUGGGACUGUGGAUAGUGCCCCCUGUCUGAAGCUGACGCAUAAGACUUUUGGCUCACAGAAUGCCAACACCGAUAUGAUGUUCCUCAGACUCAGCAUGCCUGUCCAGUUCCACGAGACCUUCAAGAUCCCAGCAGGCACCACCCCUCUCACCCGAGCCCUCACCAUCCCAGAGGAGGAAGUGGUCGUGGUGGAGCCCGACUCUGAGUUUGAAGUUCUGAAGAAGUCUGCCAGCCGCAAGGAGCAGGAGGAGGAAAAGAAGGAGCCGUCUGUACCUAAGGAAAUCUCUGUGGAAAAUGAAAAGGACACGGUGUCAGAAAAGGGAAAGAAACGCGGAUUUUUCUCCAAAGCUAAGAAGGCUGCCAUGACACCUCUUGCCCCUCCUCCUGCACCUCCAACGGUGCCACGUUUGGUGGAAGACGUGGUCCCUGAUGACAGAGAUGACCCUGAGAUCAUCCUAAAUACCACCACUUAUUAUUACUCUGUGAGGAUCUUUGCUGGUCAGGAGCCCUCUGGUGUGUGGGUUGGCUGGGUCACGCCUGACUACCACCAGUAUGAUCCAAACUUUGAUCUCUCCAAAGUGCGCUGUGUCACUGUUACUGUGGGCGAUGACAAAGGCAACAUACACGACAGUAUGAAGCACAGUAACUGUUACAUGGUGUGGGGAGGGGACCUGGUCAGUAAUCAGCAGACCCGCUUCAGCCAGGAGGACAUGGUGAUUGGCUGUCUGGUCGACCUGGCAACGGGCCUCAUGACCUUUACAGCCAAUGGAAAGGAGAUAAACACGUUCUACCAGGUGGAGCCCAACACCAAGCUCUUCCCUGCCGUCUUUGUUCAGCCCUCCAGUCAGAACAUGUUGCAGCUGGAACUGGGUAAACUCAAGAACAUCAUGCCCAUCUCAGCAGCCAUGUUCCGCAGCGAGCGUAAGAAUCCAGUCCCCCAGUGCCCUCCCAGGCUGGAUGUCCAGAUGCUGACCCCCGUUAUCUGGAGUCGUAUGCCCAAUCACUUCCUCAACCCGGAGGUGGGCAGAGUGAGCGAGAGGCUGGGCUGGAUGGUGGAAUGUACUGAACCUCUCAUCAUGAUGGCCCUACACAUCCCAGAGGAGAACAGGUGUAUUGACAUCCUGGAGCUGUCGGAGCGUCAGGAUCUGAUGAAGUUCCACUAUCACACCCUCAUGCUAUACUGCGCUGUGUGUGCACUUGGCAAUAACAGAGUGGCUCAUGCCCUGUGCAGCCAUGUAGAUGAAUCCCAGCUUUUCUACGCCAUCGAGAACACCUACCUGCCUGGACCUCUCCGCAGCGGCUACUACGACCUGCUCAUCAGCAUCCACCUGGAGUCUGCCAAACGGGCACGCCUUGGCACCAACAGGGAGUUUAUCGUCCCCAUGACUGAAGAGACUCUCAGCAUCCAUCUCUAUCCUGAUACAAAGAAGGCCUAUUCUCUCCCCGGUGUUGGCCUCAACACCUGCUUGCGGCCCAAGCUGCAUUUCUCAUCCAUCAACUUUGUCGGCACGGACCCUGAUCUGUACACCCUUAGUCCUGAGUUCCCUCUACAAGACCUGAAGACAAGGGCGAUUAGCAUGUUAACUGAAGCUGUGCUGGAUGGCAGCCAGGCCAUGCGGGAUCCAGUAGGAGGCAGUGUGGAGUUCCACUUUGUCCCAAUCCUGAAACUAAUAAGUACAUUGCUCAUUAUGGGUAUCUUCAACGACGAGGACACCAAGCACAUCCUCAAGAUGAUUGAUCCCAACGUUUUCAGCGGUAAGGAGGAGGAAGAGGGAGAGAAAGCUGAGGAGGAUGGAGCAGCAGGAGGAGAAAGUGAGGACGCGAAGGAGGAAAUGGACGAGGGAGCUGAGGCCGAGCUUGAGGACGAAGGGGUUGGUGAUGAGGAAGAGGAGGAGCCGAAAGAUGUCGGGAAAGGAGAGCAUAAGGAGGAAGAGGCUGAACCUAAGGAGGAAGGAGAGGGAGGGGAGAAGGAGGGAGAGGCCAAAGGAGAAAAAGUGGAUGGAGAGAAAGCAGAGGAGGAGAAGGAGGCAGAAGCAGUGGAGGCGGAGGCAAAAGACGAGGAGGAGGGUCUGGAGGAAGGAUUGCUCCAGAUGAAGCUGCCAGAGUCUGUCAAACUGCAGAUGUGCACACUCCUGCAGUACUUCUGCGACUGUGAGCUGCGACACAGAGUGGAGGCCAUUGUGGCCUAUUCGGACCAGUUUGUCCACAAUAUUCAGAACAACCAGCGGGUUCGUUACAACCUGUUAAUGAGAGCCUUCACCAUGACGGCUGCUGAGACUGCACGCAAGACCCGCGAGUUCCGUUCACCACCACAAGACCAGGUUCUUUUGCUGACCAACUUUAAGCAUUGUCCAGAUGAGGAGGAGUGUCCAGUACCUGAGGAGGUGCGAGACACUCUGGGAGAAUUCCACAAUGACCUGCUGCUUCACUGCGGUAUACAUAUUGAGGAGGAGGCAGAAGAGGAGGAGAUGGACACCUCACUGAGGGGCAGACUCCUCAGUCUGGUGGACAAGAUCAAGAACUUGCGCAAGAAAGAGGAGGAGGAGAAGCCAGAGGUUGAGGAGGAGCCGAAACCCAGCACCCUUCAGGAACUGAUCUCCCACACCAUGAUCCACUGGGCCCAGGAGUCAUUCAUCCAAAACCCUGAGCUGGUGCGUCUGAUGUUCAGCCUGCUCCACAGGCAGUAUGAUGGCCUGGGCGAGCUGAUCCGUGCACUGCCCAAAGCCUACGCCAUCAACGCUGUGUCUGUUCAGGACACGAUGGACCUACUUGAGUGUUUGGGACAGAUACGUUCGCUGCUUAUUGUCCAGAUGGGCCCAGAAGAAGAGCGGCUCAUGAUCCAGAGCAUCGGGAACAUCAUGAACAAUAAGGUGUUCUACCAACACCCCAAUCUGAUGCGAGCUCUUGGUAUGCAUGAGACUGUCAUGGAGGUGAUGGUCAAUGUGUUGGGCGGAGGAGGAGACUCAAAGGAGAUUCGAUUCCCUCAAAUGGUGACCAACUGCUGUCGUUUCCUGUGUUACUUCUGUCGCAUCAGCCGACAGAACCAGCGCUCCAUGUUUGAUCAUCUGAGCUACCUGCUUCAAAACAGUGGCAUCGGCUUGGGCAUGCGUGGGUCCACACCUCUGGAUGUGGCUGCCGCCUCCUGCAUUGACAAUAAUGAGCUGGCCUUGGCUUUGCAAGAGCAGGACCUGGAAAUGGUGGUGACAUACUUGGCGGGCUGUGGACUGCAGAUGUGUCCAAUGCUCCUGUCUAAGGGCUACCCUGACAUUGGCUGGAACCCCUGUGGAGGAGAGCGAUACCUGGAUUUCCUCCGCUUUGCUGUCUUUGUUAAUGGAGAGAGCGUGGAGGAGAAUGCCAAUGUUGUGGUCCGUCUGCUCAUCCGUCGGCCCGAGUGCUUUGGCCCGGCCCUGAGAGGAGAGGGCGGGAAUGGUCUGUUGGCUGCCAUGGAGGAGGCCAUCAAGAUCUCAGAGGAUCCAGCAAGGGACGGACCCACUGUCAAAAAAGACAGACGCUUCAUGUUUGGUGGUGAGGAACAGCACGAGGAGAACCGUGUGCAUCUGGGAAAUGCCAUCAUGUCCUUCUACUCAGCGCUUAUCGAUCUGCUGGGUCGCUGUGCCCCCGAGAUGCAUCUGAUCCAAGCAGCCAAGGGUGAGGCUCUAAGAAUCAGGGCCAUCCUGAGGUCCCUGGUGCCCAUAGAGGACCUGGUUGGAGUUAUCAGCUUGCCUGUGCAGAUUCCUGCCCACGGCAAAGAUGGUCAGAUAAUUGAGCCCAAGAUGUCUGCCAGUUUUGUGCCAGACCACAAGGCCUCCAUGGUCCUGUUCCUUGACAGAGUGUAUGGUAUUGAUAACCAGGACUUCUUACUUCAUGUGCUGGAGGUUGGCUUCCUGCCUGACAUGAGAGCUGCAGCGUCUCUGGAUACGGUGGCAUUCAGUACGACUGAAAUGGCCUUGGCACUUAACCGUUACCUCUGUUCGGCUGUUCUGCCUCUGCUCACCAAGUGUGCCCCGUUGUUUGCUGGGACAGAUCACCGGGCCAUUAUGAUCGACUCCAUGCUCCACACCAUCUACCGUCUGUCCCGUGGCCGAGCCCUUACCAAGGCUCAGAGGGAUGUCAUCGAGGAGUGCCUCAUGUCCCUCUGCAAGUACCUUCGACCCUCCAUGCUUCAGCAUCUGCUUAGACGGCUGGUGUUCGAUGUGCCCAUCCUCAAUGAAUAUGCAAAGAUGCCUCUUAAGCUGCUGACCAAUCACUAUGAGCGCUGUUGGAAGUAUUACUGCUUACCUAAUGGAUGGGCCAAUUUCGGGGUGACUUCAGAGGAAGAGUUGCAUCUUUCUCGUAAACUUUUUUGGGGAAUCUUUGAAUCUUUGGCACACAAGAAAUUUGAUGCAGAACUCUUCAAGAUCGCCAUGCCCUGCCUCUGUGCUAUAGCAGGAGCCAUCCCUCCCGAUUACGUGGAUGCCAGCUAUUCCUCUCACACUGAGAAAAAGGCCUCUGUGGAUGCUGAAGGCAACUUUGAUCCCAAACCAGUGGAGACCACCAAUACCAUCAUCCCAGAGAGGCUGGAUGGCUUCAUCAACAAGUAUGCUGAGUACACUCAUGACAAAUGGGCCUUUGAAAAGAUUCAGAACAACUGGACCUAUGGAGAGGUGUUAGAUGAGAAUGCUAAGACUCACCCAAUGCUCCGACCAUACAAAACGUUCUCUGAAAAGGACAAGGAGAUCUAUCGUUGGCCCAUCAAAGAAUCCAUCAAAGCCAUGCUGGCCUGGGAGUGGACCUUGGAGAAAGCCAGGGAUGGGGAAGGAGAAGUUGAGAAGAAGGCCACCACCACACGCAAGAUCUCCCAAACUGCUCAGGCCACUUACGAUCCCAGUCAUGGCUACAACCCUCAGCCAGUAGACAUCACAGGGAUGGCCCUGUCCAGAGAGUUGCAGUCCAUGGCUGAGCAGUUGGCAGAGAACUAUCACAACACCUGGGGCAGGAAGAAAAAGAUGGAGCUACAGGCCAAAGGUGGUGGCACCCAUCCACUGCUCGUUCCUUAUGACACCCUGACGGCUAAGGAGAAAGCCAGGGACAGGGAGAAGGCCCAGGACCUGCUCAGGUUCCUCCAGCUCAAUGGAUAUGCUGUGACUAGGGGUCUGAAGGACAUGGAGCAGGACAUUUCCUCUAUUGAGAAGCGUUUUGCCUAUGGCUUCCUCCAGAAGCUUCUUAAAUGGAUGGACAUCGCCCAGGAGUUCAUUGCUCAUCUCGAGGCUGUGGUUAGCAGUGGUAGAGUGGAGAAGUCACCACAUGAACAGGAGAUCAAAUUCUUUGCCAAGAUUCUCUUGCCCCUAAUAAAUCAGUACUUCAAGAACCACUGCCUGUACUUCCUCUCCACUCCUGCAAAAGUCUUGGGUAGUGGAGGGCAUUCCUCCAAUAAAGAGAAGGAGAUGAUUGCGAGUAUCUUCUGUAAGUUGGCUGCUUUGGUGAGGCACAGAGUAUCUCUUUUUGGAACGGAUGCAGGUGCAGUGGUGAACUGUCUGCACAUUCUUUCACGAUCACUGGAUGCCAGGACCGUUAUGAAAUCGGGUCCUGAGAUUGUGAAGGCUGGCCUGCGUCAGUUCUUUGAGAGUGCUGCAGAUGACAUUGAGAAGAUGGUUGAGAAUCUAAAACUGGGCAAAGUGUCCAGUCGAAAUCAGGUUAAGGGUGUAUCCCAGAACAUUAACUACACCACCACCGCCCUGCUGCCAGUCCUCACUUCACUGUUCGACCACAUCGCCCAGCACCAGUUUGGAGAUGACGUCAUGUUGGAUGACUUGCAAAUUUCCUGCUAUCGUUUAAUGUGCAGUAUCUACUCUUUGGGCACUGUGAAGACUCCACAUGCGGAGAAACAGCGACCAGCUCUUGGUGAAUGCUUGGCUCAUUUAGCAGCUGCAAUGCCAGUGGCCUUCCUUGAGCCAACACUGAAUGAGUUCAACACGUUUUCUGUUUACACCACCAAGACUCCCAGAGAGAGAGCCAUUCUGGGUCUUCCCAACCAAGUGGAGGAGCUGUGCACUGACAUCCCAGAGCUGGAGAUCCUAAUGAAGGAGAUCCAUGACCUGGCUGAGUCUGGUGCUCGCUACACAGAAAUGCCCCAUGUCAUUGAGAUCACGCUGCCCAUGUUGUGUAACUAUCUCACACGGUGGUGGGAGAGGGGCCUAGAGAAUUUCCCCGAGCAGGAGGGCCAGAUCUGUACCUCUGUCACCUCAGAGCAGCUCAAUCAGCUGCUGGGUAGCAUCAUGAAGAUCGUGGUAAACAACCUGGGUAUAGACGAAGCCUCUUGGAUGAAGAGACUAGCAGUGUUCGCCCAGCCCAUUGUCAGCAGAGCUAAGCCAGAGAUGCUUAAAUCUCACUUCAUUCCCACCAUGGAGAAGCUGAAGAAGCGCUCAUCAAAAGUUGUGGCUGAGGAGGAUCAGCUGCGCAUGGAGGGCAAGACCGAGGUGGACAGUGAAAAUGGGACCAUCCGAGAUGAGUUUGCUGUGCUGUGUCGAGACCUGUAUGCUCUCUACCCGUUGCUCAUCCGCUACGUGGACAAUAACAGGGCAAGGUGGCUCACCUGUCCAGAUCCAGAUGCAGAAGAACUGUUCAGGAUGGUGGGAGAGGUCUUCAUUUUCUGGUCCAAAUCCCAUAACUUUAAGAGGGAGGAGCAGAACUUUGUGGUAAUGAAUGAGAUCAACAACAUGUCCUUCCUGACUGCUGACAGUAAGAGCAAAAUGAGCAAGGCCGGAGAUGGAGAGUCCGGAGGCUCAGAGCAGGAGCGCACCAAGAAGAAGCGGCGGGGAGAUCGCUACUCUGUGCAGACCUCCCUCAUUGUAGCAGCAUUAAAGAAGAUGCUGCCCAUUGGCCUCAAUAUGUGCUCUCCUGCAGACCAGGAGCUCAUCAAUCUUGCCAAGAUCAGAUACUCACUGAAAGACACGGAUGAAGAGGUGAGGGAGUUCUUGCACAACAAUCUGCAUCUUCAAGGGAAGGUGGAAGACCCUGCGAUGCGCUGGCAGAUGUCUCUUUAUAAGGAGAUGUCUGGAAAGGCUGAAGAUGCAGAGGACCCUGAGAAGGUGGUUAAAAGGGUCCAAGAGGUGUCUGCUGUUCUUUACCACAUUGAGGUGACUGAGCAUCCCUUUAAGUCAAAGAAAAUGGUGUGGCACAAGCUGCUGUCCAAACAGCGUCGCAGGGCAGUGGUGGCCUGUUUCAGGAUGACGCCCCUGUACAACAUCCCCACGCACAGGGCAACCAACAUGUUCUUGGAUGCAUACAAACGCAACUGGUUAGAGACUGAGGGUUACUCGUUUGAAGACAAGAUGAUUGACGACUUAUCAAAAGCCAUGGAGGAAGAAGAGGAAGAGGAAGAGGAGACAGAGUCGAAACCUGACCCCCUUCAUCAGCUGAUACUUCAUUUCAGCCGCACAGCUCUCACAGAAAAGACUAAACUUGAAGUUGACCAUCUCUAUAUGUCGUAUGCUGAUAUUAUGGCAAAGAGCUGCCACAUUGGUGAGGAGGACGAAGGGGGAGAACAGGAGGGGGAGGAGCCAUCCUUUGAGGUGCGACAGACAGAGAUGGAAAAGGAGAUGGAGAAACAGAGGCUUCUGUACCAGCAGUCCCGUCUGCACAACCGUGGGGCUGCAGAGAUGGUGCUGCAGAUGAUCAGUGCCUGUAAAGGCGAACCUGGAGCCAUGGUUUCUUCCACACUCAAACUGGGAAUCUCCAUCCUCAAUGGAGGCAACAGUGAUGUACAGCAGAGAAUGCUGGACUAUCUGAAGGAUAAAAAGGAUGUGGGAUUCUUCCUUAGCGUUCAGGCUCUGAUGCAGACCUGCAGCGUUUUGGAUCUGAAUGCUUUUGAGAGACAGAACAAGGCUGAAGGACUUGGGAUGGUUUCAGAGGAAGGCACCAAUAUGAAGCUAGAACGUGAUGAGAAAGUGAUGGCAGACGAUGAGUUUACGUGUGACCUCUUCCGCUUCCUGCAGCUUCUUUGUGAGGGCCACAAUAACGAUUUUCAGAACUACCUGAGAACUCAGACAGGCAGCACCACAACCAUCAACGUCAUCAUCUGCACAGUGGACUACCUGCUUCGACUCCAGGAGUCGAUCAGUGACUUUUACUGGUACUAUUCAGGAAAAGACAUAAUAGACGAGCCUGGUAAGAGGAAUUUCUCCAAGGCAAUGACUGUGGCCAAACAGGUCUUCAACAGCUUGACUGAGUACAUCCAGGGUCCUUGUACUGGUAACCAGCAGUCUCUGGCCCACAGCAGGUUGUGGGACGCAGUCGUGGGCUUCCUACACGUCUUUGCUCAUAUGAUGAUGAAACUUGCUCAGAGUAAAAUGCACCCCGAUCCUGGACAACGAAAUGGCGACUCCAGUCAAAUUGGACUGUUGAAGGAACUGUUGGAUUUGCAGAAGGACAUGGUAGUGAUGCUUCUGUCUCUGCUUGAAGGCAAUGUGGUGAACGGCACCAUUGCCAGACAGAUGGUCGACAUGCUGGUGGAGUCGUCCAGCAAUGUAGAGAUGAUCCUUAAGUUCUUCGACAUGUUCCUCAAGCUCAAGGACAUAGUGGCAUCUGACGCCUUCCGAGACUACGUGACUGACCCCCGUGGGCUAAUCUCCAAGAAGGACUUCUCCAAGGCCAUGGACAGCCAGAAGCAAUACUCUCCCUCAGAGAUCCAGUUCCUCCUCUCCUGCUCAGAGGCUGAUGAGAAUGAGAUGAUCAACUUUGAGGAAUUUGCUGAUCGUUUCCAGGAGCCGGCCAAAGACAUCGGUUUCAAUAUCGCCGUUCUGCUCACAAACCUGUCAGAGCACGUACCUCAUGACACUCGCCUGCAGAACUUCCUGGAGCAGGCAGAGAGCGUGCUCAACUACUUCCGCCCUUUCCUCGGCCGCAUUGAGAUCAUGGGAGCCAGCAGGAGGAUUGAGCGCAUUUACUUUGAAAUCAGUGAGGCGAACCGCAACCAGUGGGAGAUGCCUCAAGUCAGAGAGUCCAAACGGCAGUUCAUCUUUGAUGUGGUCAACGAGGGCGGUGAGAGUGAGAAAAUGGAGAUGUUUGUGAACUUCUGCGAGGACACCAUCUUUGAGAUGAACAUAGCUGCUUCCAUCUCUGAGCCUGAGGGAGAUGGUGCAGAAGAAGAAGAUGACGAGGAAGAGGAGGAGGGUGGAGGUGAUGAAGGGGAGUCUGGAGAAGGCGAUGAAGGCAAUGGAGAAGGGGAGGCUCCGGAGUCUGCCUCAGCCUUUGCAGAAUUUCUGAAGAGUGUGGUUAACUUCUUCAACAUGUUCACCUUCCGUAACCUGCGGCGUCGGUACCGCAAGCUAAGGAAAAUGACGGUGAAGGAGAUGGUGAUCGGACUGGCUACAUUUGUAUACACUAUCCUGAUGGGUAUCCUGAUGUUUGUCUAUAGUAUAUGUAAGGGCUUCUUCACACUCAUAUGGAAGGUGCUGUUCGGUGGAGGCUUAGUGGAGGGCGCCAAGAAGAUGACAGUGACGGAGAUCCUAGCAAGUAUGCCAGAUCCAACACAAGAUGAAGUUCACGGGGACCUGCCACCUGAACCAGGAGCUCGAGAGGUCCAAGAUGCAGAUGGAUCGGCAGAACACUUAGAUGCUGUAGGAGGAGAGGAGGAAGAGGAAGAUGGCGAGGAGAGGGAGGGUGGACGCCUGCCUGGUUUCAAUGCUCCCGGUGGACUUGGAGACUUUGGCGAGACAACACCUGAAGAGCCUCCAACUCCAGAGGGCACGCCGCUGCUGAAGAGGAAACUGCUGGCUGCCGCCGUGGGAGGACAAGGAGAGGAAGAAAUUGUUGAACCAGAAGAAGAGGCUCCUCAGGAGACUGAGAAAGCAGACACUGAGAAUGGAGAGAAGACAGAGGCAGAGAAGGAAGAGAAGGCAGAACCUGAACCUGAGGUGAAGGAGGAAGAGCCAGAGCCGAAAGAGGUAAAGGUGAAGACCAAGGCGAAGAAGGACAAGAAAACUGAAGAGGAGGGCUUUGAGCUGUGGAAUGAGCUGGAGGUUCAAAGGAUUAAAUUCAUGAACUACCUUUCUCGUAACUUCUACAACCUUCGGUUCUUGGCCCUCUUCAUCGCCUUCGCUCUCAAUUUCAUCCUGCUCUUCUACAAGGUGUCUGACAGUCCUCCAGGCGAGGAGGAGUUUGAGGGUUCUGGUCUGUUUGAGGGCUCUGGCAUAUUUGAAGGCUCCGGUGCUGAGGAGGAUGGUUCUGGAUUAGAUGAGGGAGGAGAAGAUGAGGAUGAAGAAGGUCCCAUGUACUAUUUCUUGGAGGAGAGCACAGGUUACAUGGAACCUGCCAUGGCUUUCCUCGGUAUCGUCCACACCAUCAUCUCCUUCCUUUGCAUCAUCGGCUACAACUGCCUCAAGGUCCCUCUGGUUAUCUUCAAGAGGGAGAAGGAGCUGGCCCGAAAGCUGGAGUUUGAUGGUCUCUAUGUCACUGAGCAGCCAGAGGACGAUGACAUCAAGGGCCAGUGGGACAGACUGGUGCUCAACACUCCCACUUUCCCCAACAAUUAUUGGGACAAGUUUGUGAAAAGAAAGGUGCUGGAUAAAUACGGUGACAUCUAUGGCAGAGAGAGAAUUGCAGAGUUGCUUGGUAUGGACUUGGCUUCUCUGGACGUCAGUGCCAUGACCCAUGAAAAGAAGCCUGAGCCAGACACCUCAAUGUUCAGCUGGAUAACAUCUAUUGACAUCAAGUACCAGAUCUGGAAGUUUGGUGUUGUGUUCACUGACAAUACCUUCCUCUACCUGGUUUGGUACACGUUAAUGUCUCUGCUCGGACAUUACAACAACUUCUUCUUUGCCGCUCAUCUUCUGGACAUCGCCAUGGGUGUCAAAACCCUGCGAACCAUCCUGUCCUCCGUCACUCACAACGGCAAACAGCUGGUGAUGACCGUGGGUCUGCUGGCUGUAGUGGUGUACCUGUACACCGUGGUGGCCUUCAACUUCUUCCGCAAGUUCUACAACAAGAGUGAGGACGAGGACGAACCGGACAUGAAGUGUGAUGACAUGAUGACCUGUUACCUGUUCCACAUGUAUGUUGGCGUCCGUGCCGGUGGUGGUAUAGGAGAUGAGAUUGAGGACCCGGCCGGUGAUGAAUAUGAGCUCUACCGAGUUGUCUUUGACAUUACCUUCUUCUUCUUUGUCAUUGUCAUCCUGUUGGCUAUCAUCCAGGGUUUGAUCAUUGAUGCCUUUGGAGAGCUGAGAGACCAGCAGGAGCAGGUCAGAGAGGACAUGGAGACAAAAUGUUUCAUCUGUGGAAUAGGAAGUGACUACUUUGACACGACGCCGCAUGGCUUCGAGACACACACCUUAGAAGAACAUAACUUAGCCAACUACAUGUUCUUCCUGAUGUAUCUCAUCAAUAAAGAUGAAACUGAACACACAGGACAGGAGUCAUAUGUGUGGAAGAUGUACCAGGAGCGAUGCUGGGACUUCUUCCCGGCUGGAGACUGCUUCAGGAAGCAGUAUGAGGAUCAGCUCGGAUAACGUCCUGCAUCGUGAAUGCACACCUGAAGGAGAGAAAGCGGAGAGUAGGGGAGGGAGAUUCAGAGUGAGAAACGAUUAGAGAGAUCGAACACGUCUACGCCUUAGUUUUGUCCUUUGUCUACACAUUUCUCUCCUCUGUUGAAGCUAUGCACACUUUGGCUGCACUGUUGUGCCACCUGCAGCAGAAUGUUGAUGGGUUAGAUUUGAGAAAAGCAGAAUAAAAAUAUCAGUGAGGCAUACAAAGACACACAAAGCCAGGGGCCUUUUUAUUCCGCUAUCAAUACACUACAUGGCCUUUUUUUGGUGUAAAAUAUACACAACAGGCUCUUUCAGUCGCAACUGCUGUAAACAUUACAGUGCCUAUAGCAAUGUCACUGCUUUAGCGGUCAGGUAGUUUAGAUUUUUAGCUUUAACCCUUUUAUUUGAGUUUAGAGUGGAUAUUUUUUAUUUUUAUUGUUUGGAAGUUUGAGGAUUGUUUUUAUGUGGCUGCUGCUAUCUAACGUUUCAUUUCCGAUUCCUGGUGUUUCAGUGAGAGAGCGUUUUGAAAGAAAUGAUUCAGCAGCCCACAGUCGUAUCUCUGAGAUCCUUGAGGGAGCAGUGAACAUUUGGCGCCCCCCCCAACCCCAUUCCUUCCUCUCUCAAGACUUAGAAACUCAUCGUCAAACAAGCAAUCUUGUAUAGAAGCUCUUGUUGGACUGACUUGUCAAGAUAAUAAACGGCGUAUCAUCUGCGUCUGUGACAUGUACCGGUGUGAGUCAGCUGUAUAGACAAACCCAGUUUGCACUCUGAAGUCUUACAAUGCGUCCCUGGAUGUAUGUGGUCCCCUAUCUCCACUGGUGUCUCUGUGCCAUAUAAGAUAGUGAUGAUGUACACACACAUACAGCAUAGGAGGAUGCCAAGGUUAUUUAUUUAUUGUUUAUAUGCAGAUCAGAUCCUCUGAAGACGACCGUUUUAGCCCGUCUGUGUUUCUGGCCAACAGUCUGUUUUAUGACACUAUAUGCACAAAUGAGUUUUUGUCAGUGCAUUAAAAUAAGCAAUGAAUGUAUUUAAUGUAUACACUUUGGCCAAAGCGUCAUCUGUAUAACUGAGUAAUGACUAGGCUGCUUAGAGGCCUUUUGAUGAGAAGACAUAUUUUACAUAAAUCAUAGAUACAUAUAUUUAUUUUUCUUUAGGGCUUUGAAGAACCUAAAUGAUCCAAGCUACGUUGUCAGACAUGAACACGUCAUGCGUUCUGUUUGUGAAAUCCACUAUGGCGAAGCGAAUUGGUCUCACGCCGAAGUAAAAUGCCCAGUUUGCAGUCAGAAGAGAAAAUUAGCUUUUGAUUUUGCUAGUUAGGUUUUUAUGAUAGAUAUUUUUAGGAAUUCAGCAUAUCAGUUAUUUUUCUCAAUCGAGAAAGUCAUGUGUGAUGCGUUGAUCUCGGACAGUUCUGUAUCACUAUGCCUCUCUUUCAGAACGCGUUCACAACUCACAAAUUCUCCAUCUCGUAUUUAAUGUUACGACUCACUUUGUCAGAGACAGGGCGGCGUUUUGUGGUCCUCACUGAGGCAGAUGAUGGUACGGAGCUGAUUGGAGAUCACUACGUUCCACCUGACCGAGUGUCCUCUGACUGAACCCUGUGUUUCAAUACAGAAUAAACAGAUUAUUUUAA